GGAUAUUAAGGUCCUUUUACCUAUUAAAUAAAAUAUUUUGGUUAUUUUUUUCCUUGUGAUCUAUUUUUGUGAUCAAAACUUAAAAAUAUUAUAUUUAGGAGAAUUGCCCUUUAAUCAUUUAUCAAUUCAGCGAACUAGCUAGUUUGACCGUAUUGCAAGCUACUUUGGCAGAAAAUUCAUAUUCGUAGACUUCAUCCAUUGACUGACUUGAUCCCCAGAUUCGCACUAUAAAUUAGUUGCACAAUGGUACGUUUCAAAGUAUUAACAUAAAAAUCAUAUGUAAACGUUUAUUUCGUGAAAAUGUCUCAAUCAAGGAUAUUAUCCUCAUCACCAAGUUACCAACGUUGCUGAUUCUUCUCAGCCUUCUAAUGGCUUUCUUUUUCGACACCACGUCACGUGUAUGUAACACCCUCUAAUCAUCUCAUAUGACCAUAUUGAUUAUGUUAUAUAAUAUUACAUUAUUUUUCUGUUAUUACUAAUGAUAUAGCUGCGCAAAUCGGAGUAUGCUACAUGACUAUCAUCUCUGUGCGGCCUCCGUGACUCGGUGACGGAUGUAUAUGGGCCCUUACUAGGCCUUAAAUGGGCCUAACAAUAAGGGCUCGACAGCUAUUUUUGUGACUCAGUGACAGUGUAUAUGUGCCUUUGAUGGGAGGAGAGAGUAGAAUUCAAAAGGAUCAAAUCAUCCCGCCAUUGACAGAAACUCAGAGGAACCUUAGCUCGGAAGCGAAUCUAGAAGAUGACGGAGUUUCCUUCUACGACGGAGAUAACGGUUGCGUCUUCUCUCCUCCUCCUUUCCUAUGGGCCGGUGUUCAUCUCACCUACAAGGUUGGGAUCCGUGGAGAAAUCGAGCUAUGUGAGCAAGUGGCGUGAGGAAGGAAGCUCGAAUCUGAGCUUGAUUUUGAAAUCUACAGGAUCGGGAUCGUUCGGCUCGGCUCUAUCAAGCGAUGGUAACGAUCGCGGAUUCGAAAUUAAGUAUGCUGGAGAUCGAUUCAGUCUCAUGAAUCUCAAGAUAGCAAGAAAACGCCGUUCUCAGGUCACUUGGGGAUCUUUCAACUUUGUGAACUCUGUGUGUGAUCUCUCCACAUGCUCCGUUGAUUCGAAAGAAGAGUCGUCAUGCUUGUCGACUGGUUCGAGUGAGGUUACCACCACUGCAAGCAGAAGCAAACUCAGAAACCAGAAAAGUCACGAGAGGGUAAGAGUGGAAGUGAAGAAGAAAGAAAGUAGCAGGUCGAGUUCUAUACGCCGUAGAGCAAAAGAUAUCUUGGAGUUUCUUUCCUCAGCCUCUGCUUCUGAGGUUCAAAUCCGUCAGAUUCUCGGCAACACACCAGAUACAAGCAAAGCUCUCAGAAUGUUGUUGAAGAUGGAGGAAGUAAAGAGGUUUGGCACCGGAGGAAGACUUGAUCCCUAUAUUUACAAGGUGUGAAACUCUAACUUCCAUAUUCUUCAUAAUAACAUAAAUUGUUUGGAUUGAGUACCCUGCAAGUAGAUUGAAACUUGAAAGCUACACACACAUAUGGAAUAUGCCUUACAAUGAUCAUAGACUCCUUUGCUUAUUUUUUUGUAGAUUGCAUGAAAAACUAAGACGUUGCUGGAAGCAGGUAUGAUCAUGCAUGCAAUCUAUAUAUGGCCCAGAACGCUAGAAUUUAUAAAUGGGCUCUGCUAUACUACAUACCCGGAAGUAACUAAAAAGUAGAGCCAAGGUUAGUUAUUUGACUAAUCUUAUAAACCAUAUCUAACUUUCUCUGGUGACAAAUCUAAUAAAAGUGUUUUUGGCAAGAAGUUUUUGAAAUUUCAUUAAUGGCAAAUCAUCAAUUAAAUUGGCAAGUUAGUAUAAAUCAUAAGUAUCAAUUUGAUCUGUUUACUUAAAGUAGACAAAGGAGGAAGGGUAAGUUUCCUUUCCAAGUAAUUCAAAUGUCAUAUUUUAGAUAUACGUAAACUAAAUAAAAUUUAAAAAGUUUUUUUUAACUAACUGUCAUAUACAAACCAAUUAACAUGCGUCAAAUAUCAAAUUCAGUUAACACUAGUAUAAUUUGCUGUAACAGUUUGUAUAAUUUCAUAGUGGAGUGUGUCUUACUUAUGUUAAUUACUUUUUGAAAAUAUUACUAACAAAAACUCAUACGCUAUGAAUUUAAAGUCCAAAAAGUCUUUAAAGCAAGUCCAAAAUAGUCGGAUGAUACUAAACGCUUAAUUUUCAAGCGACUUUUGCGGUAUUGCCGCAGUCAAAAAUACGCGGCGACUGUUUGGUAAAGGGACGACCCAAUGUACGCGGAUUCAUUAAUUUCCUAUUAAUUAUUAGAAACAUAGAAAGAAAAACGUUAAGAAACGUAAACCGGUUCCUUAAAAACAAAAAACGCUAAAUUUACAUCUCAGAAUAAGAUUUUCAGUUUCCUAUAAUCUAGACCCUAUAGUUUCAUAAAUAGAUAUACAGUCCCAAAGGUCUUCAACAUUUCAAUUUUUUUUGUCAACGAAUAAAUUUCAAUUUAUUACUCUGAUUCUGAUAUACUAUUUAUCUGGUAUUUAAUAAUUUAUCAUGAGUAGUAAACAAACAACGAAUAUUAAUAACUUAUGGUAAGUAAGAUUAUAAUAAAUAGACAUGAGGGGCACAUUUAAAAUAUAAUAAAACGUAGGGACAAGGGAAAAAUACAGGAAAUAACUAUGAAACCCUCGAGAAAAGACUUGGUCCGCUUUUCCAGCAUCCUAUAAAUUUGACUCGACUUGGACAAAAACUCUCCAUCUCUCUCUAUAUCUCUCCCUCUCUCUCUCUCUUCAAGAGAAAGAGAACAAAAAAAUAAAAAGAUCUUCAAAGAAUGGGAAAGUACGGGGAGAUGUUGGAUCUAGGCGUGAGAAUAGUGGCGAGGUUUCAUUCUCACUGUCCUCAGACGGCGCGUCUCUAUUACCAUCCUCCUUCCGACGGCCACCACCAUCGCGGCGUCACUGAUUUAAUCGGAGGUGGGGUAACGGGUGUGUCGGGUCAAGAUUCGAAGGGGUUGGUAGGUGGGUUAGGAGCUGGAACUGUUGCUGGUUGUGGUGUCAAGUCUUCUCAAGUGUAUGAAGACGCCAGAGAUCUCUUGUUAUUCUCUGUUGUUUGAUUGAUUUGUCAACAAAAAAAUUCAUAUUCUUUUGGUUACUGAUUGAGAAAACUGUUCUUGUGAGGUUCUGUGAUACAAUUAAACAAUCUUUGGAUUCCAAAACUAUUGGAUGUUGAUGAUAAUUUGAUUAAUAUUUUUUGUUGGCUCUA